GGUGCACGCGCGUACCCACUGGCAGCCUGCAAGUGCCCGCACGAUGCACCACGCAGCAGCGCCCGGGAAUCGUGGUGCAGUCUUGAAGGGCAGCGUGCAACGACCGUACAGGCCGGACAGUGCUGGGCUGGACGCUUACACAUAUCCAGUCCGGGCUCCCGUCAGCCAGUACGGUAAGUCUUCAGCGCAUCCGGCGGCGGCGGCGCCAGCAGCGGGGGAGAGCGGGGGAGAGGAGGAGAGCGCAGCGUCGCCCAAGAAGCGGCGCAAGCGCGCAGGCUGAGGAGCCGGCUGGUGUCUAGGUAGCGGUCCGCGGUGGGGCUGGCAGGGCAUGCGUAGCGGCAUGACAAGUAGUGCGGCUGUUGACAACUGUGCUGCGUCUGGCUGCGGUUGGCUCUGCUGUGGCAUCGCGAUUGCUAGGCACCUGAUUUGGCUAUGUGCCUGUGGAAACCGACCCCGGCUAUGUCCGGGCGAUGAGGUUGUUCGGCCUCAGACUGUGGAGGGGCUCAGCCCCUUUUCCCGUGACCGGGGAACACUUGUCUGUAGUUCAAUGUGAGCGUGUUUACAUUUCUGCGCGGU